UGCUCUUUUUUUUCCAAGAGACCCCACUAAGCCAAAAACCUCGCACCUGCAUCCGUCCAGUCCAACCUCCACAAAAUUUCUCGGUGCGAGCCCUCUGUCGUGCUCGGGAACCUUCCUUCUGUGAACUGAACCUCUCCCCACCCCCCGCCCCCUGGCUUUCACACUACCUCUCGUCUUCCCCCCACCUUGUUCGCUCAAACAACCGUCGCCCUAAUAGUUCUUCCUGUCCCCCCUCCCUCUUUAAAACCUUCUGUCUUCCCCCCGCGUUGCCUGUGAUUUCUCUCUUCUUCACCUCCCCCAGUGAUACCCCACCUGCUUCCAGUCUCUUAGAAAUCUAUCAGUCCUCUUCUUCCACUCUUCCCUACACACAUCCAAACAAAACACACAACAUGACUGCCUCCAAGAGCCAGGGAACUUUCCUCUUCACCUCCGAGUCCGUCGGAGAGGGUCAUCCCGACAAGAUCGCUGAUCAGGUUUCGGAUGCCAUUCUCGACGCCUGCUUGGCGGAGGACCCUCUCUCCAAGGUCGCUUGCGAGACUGCCACCAAGACCGGUAUGGUCAUGGUUUUCGGUGAAAUCACCACCCAGGCCCGUCUCGACUACCAGAAGGUCAUUCGUGGCGCCAUCAAGGACAUCGGUUACGAUGACUCCGCCAAGGGCUUUGACUACAAGACCUGCAAUGUCUUGGUCGCCAUUGAGCAGCAGUCUCCCGACAUUGCUCAGGGCCUGAACUUGGACGCUGCUCUCGAGCAGUUGGGUGCCGGUGACCAGGGUAUCAUGUUCGGAUACGCUACGGAUGAGACUCCUGAGCUCCUCCCCCUCACCGUUACUCUCGCCCACAAGCUCAAUGCUGCGAUGGCUACUGCCCGUCGCGACGGAUCCCUCCCCUGGCUCCGGCCCGACACCAAGACCCAGGUCACCGUUGAGUACGAGCACGACAACGGUGCGGUUAUCCCUCGCCGCGUCGACACCGUUGUCGUCUCUGCCCAGCACUCCGAAGACAUCACCACCGAAGAGCUGAGGAAGGAGAUCCUCGAGAAGAUCAUCAAGAAGUCCAUCCCCGCCAAAUACCUUGACGAGAAGACCGUCUACCACAUCCAACCUUCUGGUCUCUUCAUCAUCGGAGGACCCCAGGGAGAUGCCGGUCUGACCGGACGUAAGAUCAUCGUCGACACAUACGGAGGAUGGGGUGCCCACGGAGGUGGUGCUUUCUCCGGAAAGGACUUCUCCAAGGUCGACCGCUCUGCUGCCUACCUCGCCCGCUGGAUCGCUAAGUCUCUCGUCUCCGCCGGUCUCGCUCGCCGUUGCUUAGUCCAGCUCUCAUACGCCAUUGGUGUCUCGGAGCCUCUGUCGCUCUUUGUCGACUCGUACGGUACCUCCGAGAAGUCCAGCGAUGAGCUCGUGGCCAUCAUCCGCGCCAACUUCGACAUGCGCCCCGGUGUCAUCGUCAAGGAGCUCGACCUUGCCAAGCCCAUCUACUUCCAGACUGCGAAGAACGGCCACUUCACCAACCAGAACUUCAGCUGGGAGAAGCCUAAGGCUCUCAAGUUCUAGGUAUAUCCUUAUGGGAACCGGUAGAGCGGACUUGAUUGCAAAAUCUUUUUCUUUUGUUCAUUGCAUUUUCUUGUAUUUUUGCUAGGUCUUUACGUCUCCUU